AUGACCUCCCCCAGCACCCACCCUGCGCCCGCAACCCACGAAGGCCGCGCGCCCUUCACCUACGACGGCGCGACGUACGAGACCUACUACAAGGUCUUCGGCGACCUCCGCGCGCCGCACGCCGCGCCCCCCGUCCUCGUCGCCCACGGCGGGCCCGGCAUGACCCACGACUACCUCCUCCCGCACGCCGACCUCGCCGCGGCGGGCGCCCACCCCCGCGCCGUCGUCUUCUACGACCAGAUCGGCAACGGCCGCUCCUCCCGCCGACCGGACGCACCGAAGGCGUUCUGGACCGUCGACCUCUUCCUCGACGAGCUCGAGAGCCUGCUCGCCCACCUCGGCGUCGCGGACGGGUUCGAUAUGGUCGGCCACUCGUGGGGCGGGAUGAUGGCCUCCGAGCUCGUCGUCCGCCGCCACCCGAAGGGGCUCAGGAGGCUCGUCAUUGCGGACUCCCCCGCGAGCGUCGCGCUGUGGGGCCAGUCGUUCAUGCAGCUCCUCGGGGAGUUCCCGGAGGAGGUGCAGGCGACGGUCAAGGCGGGGGAGGAGAAGGAUCUGAAGGCGUACCGGGAGGCGGUGUUCAAGGUGUACGCCGUCUAUGGGUUGCGCAUCCAGCCGUUCCCGCAGGAGUUCUUGACGACGCUCGAGUACCGGUAUGGGGACGACGCGGACCGCACGGUGCCGAAUGCUGGGAUCCUGAGUGGCUGGACGGUCAUCGACCGCCUGAAGGAUGUGGACGUGCCGACGCUGGUCAUCAACGGGGCGUUCGACAUCGCGCAGGACUGGGUCGUGGAGGCGUACCACAAGAACAUCCCUGGCGCGAAGUGGGUCAAGUUCGAAAACUCGAGCCACCUGCCAUGCUGGGAGGAGCGGGAGGAGUACAUGAAGACGAUUGCGUCGUUCUUGGAGGCUUGA